AUGGUUAAAUUGGAGGUUGGUGUACUGCAGGACUCCACAAAGUCAGCUAACACAUCGACCAUCGUUCCACGUAAAAGGGGACGUCCCCGCAAAAGGGACCAGAAUGGAGAGUUUAUUGUGAACGUCAAACACGAAAUAUUGGAGGAAUCAUUGGGCACCGCUUCACCUACUCCUCGGCGCCGUGGUCGCCCUAGAAGAAAGACUCUGUCGCACUCUUUAAAUGGCAUUUGUACGCCUGGAAUUCUGAGCUGCUCAGCAGUCGCGUCAGAAUGCUCAUCCAGUAUAGCUACAAGUGUUAAUGCGUCCAUGCUGAGCUAUGAUAUAAAACCAAUUAAACUCUUGCCGCCGUCCGACUUGGUCGAUGUCAGAGAACUGUGGGAUCAUUACGUCGCACGCGCCGAAUACCAUCCGAUUCUAUCCAGUUCAAUUGCGCGUCUUUCGAAGUCGAGAUUGGUCAAGGAAUCAAACAGAUUACUACUUUUGAGUUCUUCAACUACGUCAAUCCUUUGUGUCCCGACAACAAGUGACACGGAUCAGACGUUGACUGGAUGUUACAUUCAAGAUUACAGAGAGAAAGUGGAUUCCAAAUUCUUUAUAUGCGGUUCUUUACGUGUCGAGAAGUUGUGCUCAUCUGGUCCUAUUGGUCUUAUCAAUUUUGGUAUUAGUGAUGAGCAUGUAGAGUAUGACUGGAGCGUAAUCGAGAAUAUCAUGGAUGCAAGGUUCAAGCGAAGAACUGAACAGUUAAAGAGCUCGGAUGUUGUUCUAUGGUAUCACUACAAGGAUCCUGAGGUGCCCGAGUCCACGAAAAAUAUGGGAAUAACUACACGCGGAAGUCCAUCGUCUGAUAAGGAAAAUAAUAACGUGCUUUCACCUUCUCGGAAGACUCCACGUUUAUCACAAAAACUAUCAAUGAAAUCGUUGUCUCCAAGGAAAGUCAAUGGUUUGGUGAAAUCUGUGGUGAAGUCGUUGACACCACGGCCAGACUGUAAUCAGCCUAAAUCUCCAACGAGGACAUUGUCGCCACGGAAGUGUAAUGCUUUACCGAAGUCUCCAGAACCAGCACUUUCACCUCGGAAGGCUAAUGGUCUACCGAAGUCGCCGGUGAAAUCGUUGACACCCAGAGAAAUCAACUGCUCGUCGUCUGAUGUAGAUGCUAGCCUCCCAAGUGGUGUAUUUGACCGCAUUCCUGGUCUGGCUUGUCCUUUCACAAAUAAGAUGUUCGACACCAUUGAGAAACUUGAGGAGCAUCUGCAAGUAUCAUAUCCCAUGUUCAAAUUCGAGAUUAUUAAGUCUACACCUUUUACCAUUCAUUUUCUUGUAUCGAGUGCCAUCUCACGUGCGGAUUGGGAAAAACCACCAGCGGAUCCGGAACAUACGAAGAAAUUAUCAGUAGCAGUUGUUUCUCCAAAGAAGAAGAUUCUAUAUGCACCACCUGUUGAGGUGCCAGUCAAGAGAAAGAAUGAGCUUCCAAAAGCUCAGUUGAUUCCGUAUGGAGAAAUGUCAUUUGUACCUCCAACAUACUCAAGAGUCCCAGGGCCGUCAUCCGCCAAAGUCUAUCAUUCGGUGAUUGAGGACACGUGUGACUGGAAAGGUCACUUGAUGGAGAGGAAUAUUCGUGAUUACAUUGACGACACUCCACAAGAGAAAGAGUUUAUGUUACUUCACAACCGUUUUCGCGCCAAGUAUCGGCAUCUAAUUGUUGGCGAGAAACUAACGUUGGAAUUUUACACGAAGUUCAUUGAAAGUUGUGGAAUGGAAAUGAAAAAGAAGCGUAUACGAGCACAUUGUGUCGCACGGCUCACUCGACUUGUACAGCAGGACAAAAUGACGCCAACCAACAUGGCCAAUCUGACUCAGAAAUUAUACGAGUUAGGCCCAAACGAGGCAGACUAA